ACGUCACAUCCGCUCACCAAUUCGGAAUGUGGAACCCGCGCGAUGAAGAGGGCGUUCGUGACUGUGGGGACCACCAGCUUCGACGACCUCAUUGCGUGUGUGGCCGCUGAAGACAGCCUUCAGAUCCUCAAGAGUCUCGGUUACAACCGACUUGUCCUCCAAAUUGGUAGAGGCACAGUGGUUCCUGAACCAUUCAGUACUGAGUCAUUCACUCUGGAUGUUUACAGGUAUAAGGAUUCUUUGAAAGAAGACCUUCAGCAAGCAGACCUUGUCAUCAGCCACGCAGGUGCAGGAAGCUGUUUGGAGAGUUUGGAAAAAGGAAAGCCACUUGUGGUAGUUGUAAAUGAAAAGUUAAUGAAUAAUCAUCAAUUGGAGUUGGCAAAGCAGUUGCACAAAGAAGGACAUCUCUUCUAUUGUACCUGCAGGGUCCUGUCUUGUCCUGCGCCAGUCAGCCCCUUGCUUCUGCUUCUGGGAAGUGCCAAGAUUCUGCAGCUGCCUCAACUGCCUUCUGCCUAGACCUUGAGCUGUUUCGGAUACCUGCCUACACAAGCUCCAGUACUUGCCGCCACUGCCUGUUCUCCCUGCGUUCUGUGUUUCUUCUUUCCCCCUCUUUCCUUUCUACUCACCCCAUGCACAAUGCAUAAAGGAUGGAAAAAGUACUGCGGCCAGAAGUCUCUGAAUGAGGCAUCAAUGGAUGAAUAUUUAGGCAGUUUAGGGCUGUUUCGAAAGGUGAUUGCCAAGGAUGCUUCUUGCCUUUUUCGGGCUAUUUCCGAGCAGUUGUUUUACAGCCAGGUCCAUCAUUUACACAUCAGACGAGCUUGUGUCUCAUAUAUGAAGGAAAAUCAACAAGCUUUUGAGUCUUAUGUGGAAGGAUCUUUUGAGAAAUAUCUGGAACGGUUGGGGGAUCCCAAAGAGAGUGCUGGCCAGCUGGAACUAAGAGCUCUUUCUCUAAUUUAUAAUCGAGAUUUCAUUCUUUAUCGAUAUCCUGGAAAGCCACCAACACAUGUCACAGAUAAUGGCUUUGAAGACAAGAUUCUUCUCUGUUAUUCAAAUAAUGGCCAUUAUGAUUCUGUGUACUCAAAAGAAUUUCAAUCAACUGCAGGAAUUUGCCAAGCUAUACUAUAUGAAAUUCUUUAUAAAGAUGUAUUUGUUGUGGAUGAAGAAACAUUGAAAACUGCGGUUAGUAUGUUUCGAAGUGGUUCCAGGAGAAACAGAAACAACGCUUUGACUGGAAUUGUAGAAGGCAGCGCUGACCAGAAGAGCUCAACUCAGGAUAGAAUCGAAGAUUUUGGGGCCUGCUCCAGUGUUGAAAGUCCACCAGAAGGCAGUAAGCAAGGAACAGAAGAACUAAAGUUUCCAGAAAAUCCAUCGAAGAUGCUUUUUCCUUAUAAAGUGCUGAAAGCUCUGGAUCCAGAAAUCUAUCGCAAUAUAGAAUUUGAUGCUUGGUUGGACGGUAGAAAAGAACUUCAGAAAUCAGAGUGCAUGGAGUAUGCUGGAAGACAUUACUAUUUAGGGGACAAGUGUCAGGUUUGCUUGGAGCCAGAUGGAAAAUAUUAUAAUGCUCACAUUCAAGAAAUUGAAAAUGAUAAAAACUCAGUAAUAGUUUUCAUUGAGGAAUUGGCAGAAAGGCAUACAGUUCCGCUGGCUAAUGUGAAACCAGUCAACCAAGUGGCACUUCUUCCUUCCUGGAAUACUAUGCCAACUCGUAAAGGAAGAGGUUACCAGGCUAUACGUGGAGGCUAUUUCCCAGAAAUGGUUAUGACAGAGAUGACUAUGAAGCAACGGAAGAAGAUGUUCAAAAAAGUUCGAGGGAAAGAGGUUUAUAUGACCAUGGCUUAUAACAGAGGAGACCCACUUGUCCCACCCCGGAUUCAGCAUAGUAUGCAUUUUGGGCAUGACCCACUAUUGUAUUACUCACAGACAGCUGGCCAUAUUAUGUCUAGUGAACAUUUCCACCCUCAACAUUCAUCUCAAAGACAAGGUCGGGGAUAUGGGAUGCCCAGGGAUUCGUCUCACUUAAUAAACAGGCAAAACAUGCCAAAUCCUAAAGUUGGGUUUUACCCUGGCCCAGGUAGAAGGUGCUGCCAGAGCUAUGAUAAUGUCUCCUAUAGGUCUCGAUCUUUUAGGCGUAGCCACCGUCAGAUGCAUUGUAUGAAUAAGGAAUGCCAGUAUGGUUUUGCUCCAGAGAAUGGAGUAGAAGAAACUGUUACAUUUUAUGCACUUGAAGAAGGAAAUGAGACUGCUUACUCAACUUUACCUAACAAUGGUGUUCCCCCUACAAUGGUUCCUGUUACUUCAGGUUACUGUGCUGCAAGUCAGGGCUAUAACUCAUGUAAACCAACUUUGAAUUCAGAAGACAGCAGUGAGCAGUGUGAGAAAGGAGGAUAUGGAGAUUAUCUUUAUUCUUCAGAACAAGGCUAUGAAACUUCAAGUGUAUAUACAACAACUGUAUCUACAGCAAACCUGUCUCUUCAGGACAGUGGACCAUGUUCUGUGCCUCAAGACACAGUUACCUCAUACAACUAUCCCCAGAAGAUGUUAGAAAAUUCUUCAGCAAUUAGAGUUUCUUGGGCCAACCAUGUUCCAGUUCCAGUCUUACCUAAUUGUACAGCAGGAGAUAACCAAACUAUUAGUACCUCUGAUGUUUCCUCACAGAAUGCCAUACAACCCAUCUUUGUACCUCCACCUUCUCAAGACAGUCAAGCCUAUCUUCAGCCUCCAGCAGCAGCAGCAGCAGCAGUGGCAGCACCAUUACCACCGCCUCCUCCUCCACUUCCUCCUCCUCCAGCUCCUCUUGAAGGAGGAGAUGCUUCAGGCUUGUCUCUACCCCCAUCACUGCCACCUUAUUCCUGUGAUCCAAGUGGAAGUGAUCUGCCCCAAGAUACAAAAGUUUUGCAGUACUAUUUCAAUCUAGGAUUGCAGUGCUAUCAUCACAACUACUUGCACUCCAUGGUCUAUGUGCCACAUGGGCAGCAGCACCAGCACCAGCACCACCAGCAGCAAGAGCUUCAUGGAGAGAGUUAUUCAGAUUGUACUGAGCAACCUCUUGUAGACCAAAGUGCUUCUCAUUUCUACAGUGAUGUAGUGAGAGCAGAUGACACACAGGCAGAAGUAUCAACAAAUGAUACUUUUCCCAUUGCUGAUGCUGUACCUGUCCCUCAUGGAGCAGUCUAUUAUCCAAUAAUGUCAGAUCCCUAUGGGUCACCUUUGCCAGGUUUUGAUUCCUGCAUUCCUGUUGCAACUGAUUAUCCCAGUGUUGCCAUGUGGCAUCCAGUUGGUGCAGCAUAUGGUGGUUCUGCCCAAGUCCAUGGUGCUAUAAAUUCUGGGCCAGUUGGCUAUAUGCUUCUACCUAAUUCACCUCAUUAUACACCUCAGAAUUAACAUUUGGCAAUAUAAAAUAUUCUUUGCUACCAUUUUUACUUUUAUGGUUGAUAAAUGUCUUAUUACUUCUUAAGUGGUUUAGGUGGUAAGAAAGUUCACUAUUGUAUGUCUUUAAAAUUACUUUACUUUUGAAGUAAACUAUUUCUUUAAAACAAGGGCAUAUCACUUAUGUUAUGAAUAAAAAAAUGCAAUGAAUGUACAUGUAGUCCCUAUAAUGAGCAAGUUCAUUGUAGGCAGUCUCCUGUUAGCCAGCUUGUGAACAUUGUACUAACUGAUGGUGCCAACUGAUAAAAGAAGGAAAACACACAAGCUGUUUUCUUACAGUAUGAUGCAUACUAAUCAACUAUUUAAAAUUAACAUGAUUUCCACUUUUCAAGAAAUUUAAGAGAGAAAAAAAGUUAUGCUCCUAGCUAUUUGUUUAUAUUAAAUGAGACUUCCGGUUUCUUUAAGAAUUGUCAGAACUGAAUUGCAGUCUGAUAUUUAAUUUUGAAGUUACAUGGUGUUCUGCUUUCAUUUGCCACAUAUGGUAUUGUUUAAUACUGGAUUCACGGAAGUGUCCUGCUGCACAGUAUUAUAGUGUCCUUGCACAGUUUGCAGUAAAUAAAAACGAGCAUUUAAAAUUCCCAA